AUGUAGCAGAUCAUAGCAGAUGUUCUAAUGAUUUCUUGUUCACGUGUUUAUUUUUUGUAUAUGAUCGAAUUAAUAUUUUAAUUGUUAUUUAUAUUUACUGAUUUAUUUAGAAAAAUGAUUGUGUCAACGAAUAAAGGAAAUCCUAAUACUUUAAAAUUUAUCAUUGCCGCUAAUAUAGCAGGAAAAGAAAUUACUGUAAAAGAAGUUGCAUUAACCCACAACAAUCUGGGAAGAUUACCUGUUUUAGAGGUAACAUCAGGACUUGAACUUUUUAGUACUUUUGCCGCUGUUGAGUUUUUAUCUCAAACUGAAGAAGAAUUCCGCAUUGUUACUAACAGGUGGUUAGAAUGGGACAUAACUCAAUUGCAGCCAGCACUAGUGUCUUAUUGUGGUUCAGGAACAUUGGACACGUCUCAUAAACCUCGGAUAUGGUCUCUGUUUAAAGAAUUGAAUGAAGCUUUAAAAGACAAAAAGUACUUAAUUCAUGCAAAAAAUGAUGCUUCAGUUGUGGAUUUAUUUCUGUGGGUAUCUCUUUGGGUUGCUGCAGAUAUUCCUGAAAUUAGUAAUUUAAUAUCCAAAGAGUUUCUUAAUAUAGAAAAUUGGUUAAAAAAUAUCGAAACGAAUCGAAUAGUUCAGCAAUCGCUAAAACAAUUCAAUUGUGAUAGAGGAAUAAAAGGAAUAUCAUGCAUUCAAGCAACAUCUUGGUUUCCUCUUAAUUUUUAUACUGGUGGCAAACAAUCUAAACCAAUCAAUGAUGCAAAUAUUAAAACUGAAAGUGAAGUAGCAAUAAGCGACGACGAACUUCGUUUAAUUCAAGACAGUUGGACAACUUCAUCGUACCGUUCAGUCGAACCAACGUAUCCUACGCCUGUUCCCGUUGAAAAGAAUUUUCUCAUCACAUCCGCUCUUCCUUACGUGAAUAACGUUCCUCAUUUAGGAAAUAUCAUUGGUUGUGUUCUUUCAGCUGAUAUUUUUGCAAGAUUUUGUCGUCAGAGGAAUUACAACACUCUCUUUAUAUGUGGAACGGAUGAAUAUGGAACAGCAACGGAGGCAAAGGCACUCGAGGAGAAAUUGUCACCGCAACAAGUUUGUGAUAAAUAUUUCAAUAUCCAUAAUGAUGUCUAUCGUUGGUUUAAUAUAGGUUUUGAUUAUUUUGGAAGAACCACGACAGCAGAACAAACCGAAAUUGUUCAAGAAAUGUUUCUGAGAAUCAAGUCACAAGGCUAUAUUUUUCCUGAAUCUGUAAAUCAACUAUUGUGCGAAAACUGCAAUCGAUUUUUAGCAGAUAGAUUUGUUGAGGGCAUUUGUCCGGAUUGCAAAUAUGAAGAUGCAAGAGGCGAUCAGUGUGAUGGAUGUGGGCAUCUUAUUAACGCGACUGAAUUAAUUAAGCCCCGUUGUAAAGUUUGCAGUAAGACGCCAAUUAUUAAGGCUUCCACUCAAUUUUUCCUCGAUUUACCUAAAAUUCAGGAUAAAUUGAAUGAAUGGGUGAACGAAGCGGAAGGCAAAUGGUCUCCAAUAGCGAGAGCCGUAACGAGACCAUGGCUCCGAGAUGGUUUGAAACCAAGAUGUAUUACAAGGGAUUUAAAAUGGGGAAUACCGGUUCCUUUGGAAGGAUAUCGGGAUAAAGUUUUCUACGUAUGGUUCGAUGCUCCAUUGGGUUACAUUAGUAUUACCAAAAGAUUCACCAAGUUUUAUGAGAAAUGGUGGAAACCUACUGAGAAGGUUGAUUUAUAUCAAUUUAUGGCGAAGGACAAUGUUCCUUUCCAUGCAAUUAUGUGGCCCGCGACACUCUUGGCUGCUGAUCAAGGACACACCUUAGUUAAACAUAUUGCUUCGACUGAAUAUCUCAACUACGAAGAUAAGAAGUUCUCCAAAUCGAGAGGAACUGGAGUUUUCGGCACGGAUGCAAUUGAAACAGGAAUUCCAGCAGAUGUUUGGCGAUUUUACUUGGCGUACAUUCGACCAGAAAAUCAAGAUUCCAAUUUCUCUUGGACUGACAUGGCUACCAAAACAAACAGCGAGCUGUUGAAUAACUUAGGCAAUUUCGUAAAUAGAGGUCUUAUGUUCGUCGAGAAGAAUUUCGACUCAAAAAUACCAAUUAUGGAACCACAACAAGAUGACUAUAUAGUUUUAGCCUUAAUACAAAGAGAAUUAACAAACUACAUUAGUUGUUUUUCGAAAACAAAAAUAAGAGACGCUUUAAAGCACGUUCUUGCAAUUUCGAAACAUGGAAAUCAAUAUCUUCAGUCACAAGAGCCCUGGGUAAAAAUGAAGGGUUCUGAAAAGGACAGAAAAAGAGCUGGAACUGUUGUUGGUAUUUGUGCUAAUUUAGCGGCUUUGCUCUCUGCACUUUUGAGUCCGUUCAUGCCAAGCACAGCCCGUCAAUUAAGAGGACAGUUGGGAAUGGACGAGAAGGAAUACGGCUACAUUCCUGAACUUGUAACAACGAUAUUAUCCGCUGGACACAAAAUUGGUAAACCAUCGCCACUGUUUACAAAAAUAGAAGCUGAACAGGUUGAUGCUUUGCGUCAAAAGUAUUCUGGAGAACAAGUUAAGUCUUCUCCUCAAAAUGCUAAGGAAUUAGAGGACAAAAUACUCCAACAGGCAACUUUAGUCCGCGAACUCAAGUCCAAGGAACCAAAAGCAGUAUGGCAACCACAAGUUGAAUUAUUAUUAAGUCUCAAGAAGCAAUUGGCAGAAUGCACCGGCGCCGCGAAAACCAGUACUGAAAAAAAGUCCAAGCACAAAAAGUAAAUGAUAACAAUGAAUUUAAAUCAUAAUAAUAAUUGUAUAUUUAAGACGUAUUGAAAAUUUCUUGAAAUAAAAAAUAAUUAUACAUAUUUAAA